AUGACAGAACCAAAAGAUGUUCCCGCCUGCCCUUCUACGUCGGAAUUUACGUCUGGCCUCGGUAACUGGUAUCUGCGCUUGAAAGCCUACCGACGCCGUUCAGGUCAUCACCAGGUGGUGGCGCCGAGGGAGCAGCUGACACAACAGGUCCCAACACAUCAGGGUGUGCCAGGGCCAUGGAACUCACUCUCAAGUGCAAUGCUUACGGCAACGUCUCGGCUGCCUUGGCGAAUACAGAGCCGGAGGAGGCUACCGCGAGACCACAAAACGAAUAGUAUUCCUGACAUUGCUUGCAAGCAGCUCAUGCACAACCCGGUUGCAGAGAGACACACAGAGAACCCGAGAGACUCUCUCUCGCUUUCUUCAGCACUGCCGUCAUCAUCGUCCUUCCUGGGCGUAGGUUCACCAACGCAUGUGCGUACCGCGAUAGAAGGUGUAGCGGGCGGCAACCGCCACUCUUCCUCGAGCGGCAAGACAGUGCAUGGACUGAGGAUGUCAUGUGGAGGAGACGUUGAAGAAAAUUUGAAGGAUUGCAAAUGCAGCGAAAGCGAUAAUGUCAGAACAUCGCUAUUCACUUCUCAGCUUGUCGGAGGGCUGGCGUCGCCACCGGAGAGAGUAAGCAAUCGUGCCGGACCUGUUACUAGUGAUGAAACAUUGCAUCCGACGUUAGACUCUCGCAGCGUUUCAGAGGCGCAUCAUUCUUCCAGUGGGACCUGUUCAGUUUCCGACAAGCGAACAGGCAACUCGAUUCAGGGCACAGCCGUGUGCGGGAAGAAUCACAGUGCUUCCGCGGAAUCAGCGGCAGAACUGCGGUCUCUAAAAUCGUCUAGGAGGACCAGGUCACGGCCACAUGUGCGCCCCAAAUUCAGGGCGGCGCAUACGACCGUUACCGGGUGCUCCUGUGCUAACUACAACAGUGGCAUCCCUUCAUUCGUCACCCUGAAGAAACAUUCGUAUUCGGAUAGACGGAGCAGCAGUACUGCAACAGUGUCAGACGGGGAGAAAGAACACAGUAGCAGAUUCAAAAAGCAUGAAAGAAGCAUGCUUUGUUCUCAGCCGGUUCACCCAUGUGACCAGUCUGAAAGUACGGCGCUCAAAGAUGAGGGGCAAAUCCGUGUGAAACAAGAGGGAAGGAACCUGUCAUGCGACGGCAAUGAAAACAAUGCAGCCACAGGAGCACUUGGCAAGCUAAGGCGAGACUCAGCGGUUGUCGCAUUGACAGGAGGAAAUCCACACCUAAACCACUCAGUGCGGAGUUUCUCCACUCCGGCAGCUUCACCUAACCUUCGUCCACUUGCAGAAGGUAAAACGUCAUGGUGGACGGGACUUUCAAGUUUUACCGAGAGGCUUCGAGGCAGUGGAAAGGGAAAAGAGCGAAACACUCAAUCGGUGCAGCUCGUGAACGAGAUGACGGGUAUUCCACAAUGCGACGUCAACGCACUACCGCAGCUAUGCCGAGCUCAUAUUCACGUUGCCGAGUUCAUGAACGACGAGCUUCGAGGAGCACUUGCUCACCAUCCAAUGCAGGACGAGGCACUACAUCUUCGAUGGCGGAGUGAAGCAACUCGCCCUCUACUUGUCCAUGCGAGCCUGGAUGUCACCUGCGACGAUAUCAGUGGAUCCGUCGCUGGUUGUGGUUCUUCUGUGAAGGUCUACGACAUUGCUCUCAGCGUUACGGAAACAUUCGCAGCGUUGCGCCUGAAGUGUCCAGAAGGAUGGAUCACAGCGGAGUGUGUCGAUGCAUCUGCCUGGAACCGAUGCUGCGUUUGCCGCAGUCGCAACUUCUGUCGCUUGUGGACGCGCGAUGUGGUUCGAGAUGUUGAUGCACAAGAAUCACAAAACAUCUGGACAAGCAGCGUGACGGGCGGAUGUUCUGGAACCGACCAUCAACGACACUACGGACUCUUACAAUCGUGCAGUUGCCUUGCACCAUUGAGCAUCGAAGAUCCUUCUGCUCGGUCGCUUUCCGUUUCCGCUCCGAAUGAACAUGAAUGUGUAUGCAUGGGAGGAGAUGUAUAUUUGGAUAAGGAACGGUCUCCGUCCAGCGCCUUGGUCUCGGGUGGAAGCGAUCACCGGAGCAGUAUGGACAUGAACCUCAAGCACGGGCCAGGAACGUCAUGCGGAAUGCAGCUCUCUGAAACACCAAUGAUACCGAGAGGGAGUAGCACCGGGUGCGGUGACGGUGUAUUCGGCUCAAUCCUUGGACGGAUGAAGAGCCAGAGCACCAACAGCAAAGACGUGUCGGUCACCAGACUGCGUCCUGUGUCGCGAACAACCGGAAAGAGAGGUGUUACACGGCUUAAGAGUUAUUUGGGGAUAAACAGCGCUGGGACUACGUGUCGGAAGAGAGACAGAAAAGAUGUGGAGGACCGAGAGAGAAACGGUGCCUCAUGGAAACGUGAAUCGUGCCUUUUACGAUGUGCAAGCAACGCGACAUCGACCCAGGGGACCUAUAGCAGAGAGCCGACACAGCGAUGGUACUUCCGCGUUUGUCGCCGACGGUGCCAACCAGCUCUUCUGUGUAUGGACAAAAGUAGCCGCGAGCAGACAUCUGGGGCUGACAGGUCGAACAUCAGUCAAUUUGCCACGUGGGGUGCUGCAUGCUGUGCCCAGGAUAGUGAGCUACAGGGUACGGGGAAACGGAGGCUUUACCGCCAUAACGAGAGACGACAUAUGUGUACGACAGGGGAUCGGGUUUGCAGUGAGCGUGAAGCUUGUACAGGUCGUGGGCAGGACGCCUGUCUUCAUGGAGCCUGCCGCCUUGUUAGUGAGGAUGUUGUGCAAAUUUGGGCAAGAACGGAAGAAGGUUGGAAUCGCACGGACGACGAGGCGUACCCGGCUUCGAAAGGACAGGUAGCAUUGUGGAGAAAUGACGGUGAUGCAUAUGGUUGCGAAACACGAGGGCAUUCGGCCAGCCUUGUGACCCCUGGAGCGUUGUCUCUGUAUGCGGUCAGGUCACUCUUACGUGCAGGCAGCGGGAGACACCGAACGCAGUGCAGUAACGAUCGGCUUAAUGACAUGCAAAAUGCGAACGCAAUUCAAGAGAGGAAACUGGAAAUCAGCUGUCGUGUUCACGAGGCUUCACGGCGCAGCUCGAAGUUUGAUGCGCUAGGCAGGAAUUCGAAAAAGUCACAUGUAGAAGAGAGACAUAAACAUCCCGUUUUUGGAAGGAGGGCGCCUAGAGGACACUGCAGUGAAAGCAGUGUGAUGCGGGGGCCACGCAUGACGGAAACAUCCCCUUCACGGAGAACAGACAAGGGAACCGAUAGUUACUAUCAAGUGCAUCCGUCAGAAGAUGUAGACUCCAGUAGUGGUGGCCAAGAGGAGCGGCUGAGAGAGCAACGAACGUCAGAGACGGGGUUCGAUACAGAUGACCGAGCAGCAGAUCGGCCGUCCUGCCUUGCAGCCGUGGAUAUGCUGUCGCAAGAUUCCAGAACGGACACACGCCUGUCGCCUAGGUUCGAAAUUAGCAACCGAGCGGAGGUGCCGCGUCUCCUCCGACAGCGGUGGCUUUUGUAUCGCGUCUGUGGACGCAGCGUCGUUGCAGUAGGGUCGUCGAUCUCCCCGUUUUCGCCGACGGUGCCUGCCACCGGUGUGCCCGUCUAUCUGAGAGCCUAA